AUGAACACAUGCUGCAGUUCCUCAAAUAUACACAACAUACCAACAAUGCUAUGCAAACGAAACAACAACAUCAACAACAAAAACCGUCGCAGCAACAACAACAACAACAAUGAUGAUGAUAACGAUGACCCUAACAACAACAGCAACAACAAAUGUUGCGGUAACAAUGUUGGCCACAAAGUUGAGAGGGUGUGUAAUGUUCUGAGAAGGACCAAGCAUAUUAAAAGUGGGUGUACCAGAACCUAUCUCAUACUCUUGAAUCUCGUUUUCCUGCUGCUAAAAUGCUUAGGAAAAAACCGGAUAGGUGCCUGCUGGAAUCACGUUGUUUCUCUGCAAAGUCAAGGUACCCUCACCAAAUCAGUGACAGAGACUAUAUCCUCACCUCAAAUAACUCAGUCUGAAAUCUACAAACAAUCAAUAUACAGCAACAGCUUGAAAUCAUUCUCUAACACCUCCUAUGAAAACAGCACUGUUAAAUUAAGAUCAUUUGAAGUUACUCCGAUUUGA